UCGUCCGCUUGCUCUGUUCAUCAGUGUCUCCACGUCCGUGCGCGCGUGUAGAAUGCAGCCAUUUACAAGUAUUUUCUAACUCCAUCGAAUAGCCUCCUGUGUCUGAUAUAGACGUCAUCAGAAAAGGCCUUUUAACAGGUGUCCAAACACUGGUUAAUCCCAUCCACAUGACAUUACCCUCGGGUCUGGGAAACACGAAUAAACAGUCGGGAAUUAGCCUUGACGCAGGCAUACACGCGUGCACAAACAGAUCCAACGGACACGCAGUCAAGUGUUGACCGGAAAAACGGUGUUCCGGAGUAUUUGUGCAAGUUGCUGGGACAGCUACCCUUAGUGUCAUUUAAUCUCUCCCUGUGUGUGUGACAGUUUCGCACAAGAUCGUCACGACAAGAGAGAGAGAGAGAAAAUAUAUAUUUACAUCUCUAUAACGUGUUAUUGUAUAUGACUGCAGUAUUUGACAGGAUAUUGAACUGUGUGAUCAAAGAACUUUCAGUGCACACUGGAACUGAAUUUAGAGCGUUGGAACCGCAUUUAGAGCGUUGGAAAUGGAUUUAGAGUUUUGGAACUGGAUUUAGAACUUUGGAACUGGAUUUAGAGUUUUGGUCCUGGAUUUAGAACUUUGGAACUGGAUUUAGAACUUUGGAACUGGAUUUAGAGCUUUGGAACUGGAUUUUGAAUUUUGGAACUGGAUUUUAGAGCUUUGGAACUGGAUUUAAAACUUUGGAAUUGGAUUUUAGAACUUUGGAACUAGAUUUUGAAUUUUGGAACUGGAUUUAGAACUUUGGAACUGGAUUUAGAACUUUGGAACUGGAUUUAGAACUUUGGAACACUCGAUAUUUGAUCUCCAUAAUCACGAUCAAAUUCAACCCGUGGAUUUAUUUUGAUGAGAGAGAGCUUCGGUCUCACUCAGAUUUCCUUGCUGUCGAAGUUUCUAUUGGAAUUUCUUAUCGAUAUAAUAAUCUUGGAUUCAAACCAUUCUUGUUGUAACCCAUGAUAAGGGUUAAAAUAAUGAUUUAACUUUAACACCCCAUAGGCCUCGGUUAUUUAGGGACACUUCCAUUUUCUUUUUUUUUUAUAAAAACUUGUUGGCAGCCGUUGGAAGUGUAACCCUUUCUGGAGUUUUCAUGUAACGGUUGAGUUGUUUUAUAAUGUUAUCGAAUAUUUCACCAUAUCCCCUUGGUUAGUUUCUCAACCCGAACCCAAUCAUUAGCCUCACAUCUCUGAAUAACAGUUCUGUUAAUAGCUCAAUCUGAUCGCCUAACACUUGCGCACGGUGGUGCAUGUGAGUGUUGGCAGUUGACAUCGUUAACCAACCGGGGUCUCGGUUUGUGUAGCCUGCAUCUGUUUUUGUGGAUCUUCUCCCGGUGCUCUCGCUCCCACCGGGGUGAGAGUUUCUCUUACAACUCAACGAUGUUGCUCCUUUCCCCGGUUCUCCUCCUUCUGCUCCGCGGGGUCUUAUUCGAGGCUUCGCAGGGCAUCAUCCAGGACAGCGGCUACUAUCACCACAAUGACCCGGAACUCGGACUCACCUUUGCCGGCCAAAGAACGUUGUUCGACUCCACAGACCCAUGCCUGGUGGUGUCACCUCCCUGUAUGAACGAGGCAGACCGAUACAGUCUGGAGGGUCUGAGGAACAUCCACAGAGAGAUGGAUGACGACCAGGAUGGCGGGAUAGAGGUGGAGGAGAGUGUGGAGUUCAUCAUCGAGGACAUGAAACAGCAGCCGACCAACAAACACAGCAAUCUUCACAGAGAGGACCAGCACAUCACCAUAGAGGAACUGUGGAGGGGCUGGAAGUUCUCAGAAGUCCAUAACUGGACUCAGGAUGAGGUGUUGAGGUGGCUCAGGGAGUUUGUAGAGCUGCCUCAGUACGAGAAGAACUUUAAAGACUUCAGAGUCAACGGCAACACCCUCCCCAGGAUAGCAGCCAAUGAGCCGUCGUUCCUGAGUGGCCAGCUGAAGAUCGUGGACCAGAGAGACAAACAGAAACUCAACAUCAAGGCUCUGGACGCGGUGCUGUUUGGUGCUCCUAUACGUGUGCCCCCACCCCAUAACUACAUGAAGGACUUGUUGCUGAUAGUUUCUGUGAUGAUGGGUGUAGGAGGCUGCUGGUUCUCCCAGGUCCAGAACAAAGCUUCCAAAGUCCACAUCUCCAAGAUGAUGAAGGACCUGGAGAGUCUGCAGAGUGCUGAGCUCAGCCUCAGAGAACUACAGGAACAGCUGGAGCAGGCCCAGGAGGAGAAGCGUAACGUGACAGAGGAGAAACAGAACCUGGAGGAGAAGAUGAGGGAUGAGAUCAUGGGAGCCCAGGAGGAGGCGCACAGACUCCAUCGGCUCAGAGCUGGAGCCGUCAGUCAACUGAGCAGACUGAGAUACGCAGAGGAGGAGCUGGAGCAGGUUCGGGGAGCAUUAAAGAAGGCAGAGAUGGACAUGAUGGUGUACUGGUCUGUCCCAGAGGCCCUACAGCUCUGGCUACAGCUGACCCACGAGGUGGAGGUGCAGUACUACAACAUCAAGAAGCACAGCGCUGAGCUGCAACCCUCAACACCCAAGGAGGAGAAUAAUGGAUCUAUCCUCCAUAUUAACCCCUGGUGUGGACAUGACCAGGAUGUGACCAAGUCAUCUAUCCUCCAUAUCAACCCUGGCAGAAAGAUCAAGAAGAAGAGGAGUUCCCACACACACCACGUGGCUCACAGCUCCUCACUGGACGAUGUUGACACCAAGAUCCUGGAGGCCAAGAACUCUGGCCUGGCCAUGUAUUCAGACCUUGGGUGGCCUGAAAAACAAUUACAUCUGGAGGAUCUGAUGGAAGACCCUAGCAUCCAUUCACUUCCACCAAUGAAGCGCUCCCCUCGCUCUCGUGGCUCUACCUCCACCGUGUGUCGUCAACGGCGUUCUGGACACGCCUCCUCUUCCUCUUCCUCAUCCUCCUACUCUGAACCUGAUAUCCUGAUCCCUAUCCACACCACGCUCCCCUGCUUCGAGGAAGAGGAGCAGAUCUUCAUCAACGCCCAGUGGAGGAUUACAAGAGAUUCUCAGGUAAUUUAUUCUGACAGGACCCCUCCUGUAAGCAGAAGGUCCACAGAACCUUCCGGAACGGAAUCCCCCGUUUGUAAGAUAUCUAGAGAAGAACUGGAAGCUUCCUUGGAUGAAGCCACAUUGAAGACAUCAUCUAAAGACGAGCGUUGUUCUUCUGUGGACAACGCUGCUCCAAGGAAAAUGCAAAGAGUCAAAAGUGAGACUUCCAUGGACCUCCCCGCCGCCGACGCAGCAGCCAAAAAGGUAUUGGGUCGUUCGAUGGACAACGUCUCCAGGAAGUCAUUCAGAGAUGAGUGUCACGAGGUUCCGUUGGAGACUCACGUCUCAAAGAAGAGGUCUCUUCUAUCUACAGACAUGAUCAGUGUGUCUUUGGACACCGGCUCCAGGCAGAUGAUGAGAGAGAGCAGGGGAGAAGCCUCAUUCAACAACUCCAUGAGAGGAAGACCCAGAGAAGAAAUGGUGGCGGCCGUUGGAACCCCAACGAGAUCCCGAGAGGAGGUGGACUUCUUAGCCGACAGCGCUCAGAGGAGGAUGGCGAUGGCCAGAGACAAACUGACCCUUCAUCUGGACAGCAACUCUUCUCACAAGAUGCUCAGGAAGAAGAUGGAGUUCCCAGUGGAACCACCAUCUGCCGCCACGAGGAAGAUAUCGAUAGACGAACACCAUGAGAUGUGCUCUCACACUAGCAGACGAACAAACAGCGAUAAGGUUGACAGAUCCAUAGACACUCCCACUGGGAAGAUCUAUCCGGACAGGGUCGACAGUACCCCAGAAAUCCCCAAACGGAGGAUAUCCAGGGAGGAGUAUGCGGGGUCAUCCCAGUUGGGUCACGAUCCCCAGGUUUUGGAUUGGGGUCAGUUCGGACAACCUGAUCUCACCUUGUCCACACCAUGGAAACAAACCCAGACCCCUGACCCUUAUACCUCCGACCACCUGACCGAACUGGUUUAUGACGGUAUUCUGGAGAAGUCCUGUAUCACCCCAGCAACGACCCCUGACCUGCCCCAGAGGAUCACGGAAGGAAGAGAGCAAGAAGGGAAUCCUCCUGUUCCGCCCCCGAGGAGCAGCCGGUCCCUAAACACGUUGCCCCCGGAGAUGAGAGGCGAGAGGCACCAAAAGGACAAAGACAAAAGCACGAAGUCGUCCAAACUCAAGAGCCUUUUUAAGAAGAGGAAAGAUCAUACCCCAGAACUGCCACAAGGGGCCUGA